CUCCCGAGGAGAGGGCGGAGGAGAGGAGGAAGAAGGCGGACUCUGGGCCCCAGCCCCAUUCAUUGCCGCGGCCGGCCGGGCGGGGGUCCCGUGUUUUCCGCGUCAUGGAGGCGCUCAUUCCCGUUAUCAACAAGCUCCAGGACGUCUUCAACACGGUGGGCGCCGACAUCAUCCAGCUGCCUCAGAUCGUCGUGGUGGGAACGCAGAGCAGUGGAAAGAGCUCAGUGCUGGAAAGCCUAGUGGGGAGGGACCUGCUCCCCAGAGGCACCGGCAUUGUCACCCGGAGACCACUCAUUCUGCAGCUGGUCCACGUCUCACCCGAAGAUAAACGAAAAACGACAGGAGAAGAAAAUGACCCUGCUACAUGGAAAAACUCAAGACACCUUUCUAAAGGGGUCGAAGCAGAAGAAUGGGGUAAAUUUCUACACACCAAAAAUAAGCUUUACACAGAUUUUGAUGAAAUUCGACAAGAAAUUGAAAAUGAAACAGAAAGGAUUUCAGGAAAUAAUAAGGGAGUUAGCCCUGAACCAAUUCAUCUUAAGAUUUUUUCACCCAACGUCGUCAAUCUGACACUUGUGGAUUUGCCAGGAAUGACCAAGGUGCCUGUAGGUGAUCAACCUAAGGAUAUUGAGCUUCAAAUCAGAGAGCUCAUUCUUCGGUUCAUCAGUAAUCCAAAUUCCAUUAUCCUCGCUGUCACUGCUGCUAACACAGAUAUGGCAACAUCAGAGGCACUGAAAAUUUCAAGAGAGGUGGAUCCAGAUGGUCGCAGAACCCUAGCUGUCAUCACUAAACUUGAUCUCAUGGAUGCGGGUACCGAUGCCAUGGAUGUGUUAAUGGGAAGGGUUAUACCAGUCAAACUUGGAAUAAUUGGAGUAGUUAACAGGAGCCAGCUAGAUAUUAACAAUAAGAAGAGUGUAACUGAUUCAAUCCGUGACGAGUAUGCUUUCCUUCAAAAGAAAUACCCAUCUCUGGCUAAUAGAAAUGGAACAAAGUAUCUUGCUAGAACUUUAAACAGGUUGCUGAUGCACCACAUCAGAGACUGCUUACCAGAGCUGAAAACGAGAAUAAACGUUCUCGCUGCCCAGUAUCAGUCUCUCCUGAACAGCUACGGGGAGCCUGUGGAUGACAAAAGCGCUACCUUACUCCAGCUCAUCACCAAAUUCGCCACGGAAUAUUGUAAUACUAUUGAAGGGACUGCAAAAUAUAUUGAAACUUCAGAGCUAUGCGGCGGUGCUAGAAUAUGUUAUAUUUUCCAUGAGACUUUUGGGCGAACCUUAGAGUCUGUUGAUCCACUAGGUGGCCUUAACACUAUUGACAUUUUGACUGCCAUUAGAAAUGCAACUGGUCCUCGCCCUGCUUUGUUUGUGCCUGAAGUUUCGUUUGAGUUACUGGUCAAACGGCAAAUCAAACGUCUGGAAGAGCCGAGCCUCCGCUGUGUGGAACUGGUUCAUGAGGAAAUGCAAAGGAUCAUUCAGCACUGUAGCAACUACAGCACACAAGUAAUUGAGAAAUGUACCAGGUUUCAGGAGUUGUUGCGUUUCCCUAAACUGCACGAUGCCAUAGUUGAAGUAGUGACUUGUCUUCUUCGUAAACGGUUGCCUGUUACAAAUGAAAUGGUCCAUAACUUAGUGGCAAUUGAACUGGCUUACAUCAACACAAAACAUCCAGACUUUGCUGAUGCUUGUGGGUUAAUGAACAAUAAUAUAGAGGAACAAAGGAGAAACAGGCUAGCAAGAGAAUUGCCUUCAGCUGUAUCACGAGACAAGUCUUCUAAAGUUCCAAGUGCUUUGGCACCUGCCUCCCAGGAGCCCUCCCCUGCUGCUUCUGCUGAGGCUGAUGGCAAGUUAAUUCAGGACAGCAGAAGAGAAACUAAAAAUGUUGCAUCUGGAGGUGGUGGGGUUGGAGAUGGUGUUCAAGAACCAGCCACAGGCAACUGGAGAGGGAUGCUGAAGACUUCAAAGGCUGAAGAGUUACUAGCUGAGGAAAAAUCGAAACCAAUCCCAAUUAUGCCGGCCAGCCCGCAGAAAGGCCACGCCGUGAACUUGCUGGAUGUGCCAGUUCCUGUUGCACGAAAACUGUCUGCCCGUGAACAGCGAGACUGUGAGGUUAUUGAACGACUCAUCAAAUCCUAUUUUCUUAUUGUCAGAAAGAAUAUUCAAGACAGUGUGCCAAAGGCAGUGAUGCAUUUUUUGGUUAAUCAUGUGAAAGACACUCUUCAGAGUGAGUUAGUUGGACAGCUGUAUAAAUCAUCCUUGUUGGAUGAUCUUCUGACGGAGUCUGAGGACAUGGCACAGCGCAGGAAAGAAGCAGCUGAUAUGCUAAAGGCAUUACAAGGAGCCAGUCAAAUUAUUGCUGAAAUCCGAGAGACUCACCUUUGGUAAAGAGAACUAUGUAAUACCAAGACUUGGCUGACUUGCUAGUGACUGCCUACUUGAGUAGAAUUUUAUUUAUGAACUCCUGUGUAUUGCAACGGAAUGGACCUGCUCACGUGAAGACUGGCUAUCCACUGAAAACUGUGCUCUGUAUUGCAGAACAAAUCAUACAUUUAAUCCAAAUAAUAAAUGGCUGUUUCUAAAAUUUCCUGGUAUAUAUAAAAUACAUCAAGUCUA